GCCCCUUUCUGACUCGAUAUCAACAGAUGAGCCAGCUCGCGCUCGUCAGACGCACUCCUUCAUCUGUCCUGAGAGAGUUUGAGUCUGAGGAUCAUCUUCAUCAUGUCUUCUAACUCAAACCUCACGAGCAUGAGGCGGACUGUGGAGCAGCUCAAACUCGAGGCCAGCGUGGAGAGGAUCAAAGUUUCUCAAGCCGCUGUGGAUCUCCAGCAGUACUGCCUCCAGAACGCCAGUAAAGAUGCUCUGCUGGUCGGCGUCCCGGCCGGGAGCAACCCCUUCAGAGAGCCCCGCUCCUGCUCCCUGCUCUAGAGACGAGAUCCUCAGAAGUCGGUUUCAGAGGAACGGGGGGAGCAGAGGAAGUGCUGCUAAAAGCCCCUGUGUUUUCUGCAUCGGUUUCUUUAAAAGCGUGGCUGAAGGAACGUCUAAGUCGGCGUGAGUCACGCUUCAGGAACACGUCUGCUCGACUUCUGCUCUUGACCAGCGCGUGGUUUGAUGCUAAACUUAGCUCGGCGCGAUGUGUGGCGAAACACGUCUGGCUUCUCGAUCCCCGAACGCUCUGAACCGUGACAGUUUUGUCAUCUCUUUUGCAUAAUGAAAAAGGACAGGCAAAAAUGAAACGAAAGGCCAGUGCAAAAAUGUUUUUUCCGUCGCGCUUUGAAGUUUAGCAUCAUCUUUUGUGCUCCACAGUACGGCUUUGCACAGAUCGAUUUAAAUACUAAAUGUUUUUAAUGUUUUAUUUUCCUGUUUUUUUUUUU